AUGAAUUCUCAGAACCACGAAGCAUCGAAGAACCCAAGGCUCAGUGGUCGUUCAUCCACAUCUUGUCCUUCACCCUCACUUUCAUGCAAGACUUGUGGCUGUGGGAAAGAGGUAAUUCUCUACCGAUCCAAUUCCAAGAAUAACCCAGGAAAGCUAUUUUGGAGGUGCCCUGAUUGGAAGGAGAAAGGGACUUGUGGUAUUUUCGAAUGGGAUAAAGGUGUUGCUGCUGAAGAUGGUAUGCAGGGUUCUUCAAAUCUGAAUGAAGACAUAAAUGACAUUAUGGAAAAAAGGAUUGCUAGUUUGAGGGAAGAUGUUAAGGAAAUAGUGCACAGGGCAAUUAUUAAGUUAUGUGAAGACAUGAAUGAGAAGGACAACAAAAUUGAGAUGAUGAAGAUGAAGCUGGAAACAGAGGGAUUGAAGAUUAAUGUGCUCUUGUUCUUUUUAGGCAUUACUUUGGCUGUAGCAGUGUCAAAGUUUUUCUAG